AUGAAAUUAUUGGGUUUAAUUACAUUUUUUACAUUUAUUUUACAAGCUUUAGCUUUGGCUGAAAAUCCUCCAAUUACUGAUAAAGUUUAUUUUGAUGUUAAAGAAGGUAAUAAGGAUAUUGGUAGAAUCGUAAUUGGUUUAUUUGGAACUAUUGUUCCUAAAACUGUUGAAAAUUUUAAAACUUUAGCUAUUGAAACCGAAGGACAAGCUAAAUAUACCGAUUCAGUUUUUCAUAGAAUUAUUCCACAAUUUAUGAUUCAAGGUGGUGAUUUUGAAACUGGUCAAGGUUAUGGUGGAUGGUCAAUUUAUGGUGGGAAAUUUGAAGAUGAAAAUUUUGAGUUAAAACAUGAUAGACCUUAUAGAUUAAGUAUGGCAAAUGCAGGUAAAAAUACCAAUGGAUCACAAUUCUUCAUUACUACAGUUGUUACUAAAUGGUUAGAUGGUAAGCAUGUUGUCUUUGGCGAAGUUAUUGAAGGUAAAGAUGUUGUUGAUUAUAUUGAAAAAGUUAAAAGAGGACGUGGAGAUCGUCCAUUAAAAGAAAUUAAAAUAUUUAAAGCUGGUGAAAUUAAAGAUGGUGAAGUUAAAGAUGGUGAAGUUAAAGAUGGUGAAAUUAAAGAUGAUGAAGUUAAAGAUGGUGAAGUUAAAGAUGAUAUUGCAAAGGACGAAUUGUAA